AUGGCUCGGGACCCUGGGUGCAUGGUAUUCCGGAGGUUUGUCGAGUUCAACUCAAAAAACCUGCUAUGGAUGCAGGCAGAGAUUACGGCUCUUGAGGGGGAACUCAAGGAGCUCAAGUCUGCGGAUCGGAACCCCGAGGGCGAACAGCGCUUUAUCCAUUCUGUGACGGCGAUGUUGAACACUCCGGGCUGUAAACAUUGGAACAAGAUUUUGGAAGCAAGGGCCUUGCUUAAGGGUUAUAACGAGGCUUUGCUCCAACACCGGAAGAUGCUGCGCCUGAUGUCGCCGCAUCCAUCGGAUCGGGAGAGUCUGAAAGAGAAACGGGAAGAGGCGAACGCCGUUCAUUGGCGCUACGCCAAUCGAGACAAGAUCGAAACCGUGGUGCACACCCUUUUCCUCGGCCUGACAGCCGGUAUUACGAGUGGCAUGAUGAUCGGACUGGGGCUCCUGAAAGAGUUCUGGCCUCGUAUGGGGACAGCCAUCGCGUUUGGCGUGUUGUUUGUCGCUUUGAUGGGCGUGAUGGUCCAUGCGCGGUGGGGAGAGACCAUCGCGGUGGCGAUCGCGUGA